AUGGAGAAAUGAGUUUGAGACAGGUGUCCAGGUCACAAUUUGGGUUUGCAGCAAAAAUGCUUUCAGAACAGACUGCAGUCCUGGGGACAGGAUGGGAGUCAAUGAAUGUCCAGCUGGAUGGAGCAGAGCCUCAGGUGGAAAGGGGAAGCCAAGAAGAGGGGCCAUGGAGAACAGCACCAGGGCCACUGGAACACCUAUGCUGUGACCUUGAAGAGGAGCCACAGUCCCUUCAGGAGAAGGCUCAGUCAGCUCCCUGGGUUCCUGCCAUUCCCCAGGAGGGGAGCACCGGAGAUUGGGAGAUGGCAGCUGCACUUCUUGCGGCAGGAUCACAGGGCCUGGUAACCAUCAAGGAUGUGUCAUUGUGCUUCUCUCAGGAGGAGUGGCGGAGCCUGGACCCUUCUCAGACAGACUUUUAUGGAGAAUAUGUCAUGCAGGAAAACUGUGGGAUAGUGGUCUCUCUAAGAUUUCCAAUUCCCAAACUGGACAUGCUUUCUCAACUAGAAGGAGGGGAAGAACAAUGGGUUCCUGACCCUCAGGACUUGGAGGAGAGGGACAUCCUGAGGGUCACAUAUACAGGAGAUGGAAGUGAGCACGAGGGUGAUACCCCUGAACUAGAAGCAGAACCUCCCCGAAUGUUAUCUAGUGUGUCUGAAGAUACUGUUCUCUGGAACCCAGAACAGGAUGAGAGCUGGGAUUCCAUGCCCAGGGGCUCCAGAGGAAUGCUCCUGGGCCCACCUUUUCUUCAGGAAGAUAGCUUCUCAAACCUUCUAUGUAGCACAGAGAUGGAUUCCCUAUUAAGACCACACACAUGCCCCCAAUGUGGGAAACAGUUUGUGUGGGGCUCCCACCUUGCCAGGCACCAGCAAACACACACUGGGGAGCGGCCCUACAGCUGCCUCAAGUGUGAAAAGAGCUUCGGGCGAAGACACCACCUGAUCCGGCACCAGAAAACCCACCUACAUGACAAGCCCAGCAGGUGCUCAGAGUGUGGCAAGAAUUUCCGAUGCAACUCCCAUCUGGCCAGCCACCAGAGAGUGCAUGCGGAAGGCAAAUCCUGCAAGGGCCAAGAGGUUGGAGAGAGCCCAGGGGCUAGGAAACGGCAGCGUGCCCCACCAGUGCCAAAGUGCCAUGUGUGCACUGAGUGUGGGAAGAGUUUUGGCCGACGGCACCACCUGGUGAGACACUGGCUGACCCAUACUGGGGAGAAGCCCUUCCAGUGCCCUCGCUGUGAAAAGAGCUUUGGCCGUAAACAUCACCUGGACAGACACCUGCUGACCCACCAGGGACAAAGUCCCCGGAGCAGCUGGGACAGAGGGACAUCUGUCUUUUGAAAUCUGUUUCUGCUGCAGCUGUGGUCACAUCUAUCAGCAGCUGGUGCUACCAGGAGUCUCUGCCAGAACUGCCCCUCUCCUGCACCCCAGUGGCCAGAAUCAUAAGCCCUGGCUCCAUCCCUCGAAAGAUGAGGUUCUAACACUGGCCAGACAUUUCUCACCAGUUCUGUGAGAUACCACAUAAAAUGGAGUUCUUUGGGCAAAACUUUUAGGAAACAAUGCUCACUGCAUGGGCUGAUAUUCAGCCCUAGCCCAUUCUCAAGGGUACCACUUGAGAAUCAGCAGUUUAUGGCUGAGGUCCAUCCUAAGUGGUUGGAGCCUAUGCCAUACCAGUUAAAUAUUUGAGUAACACCUUUGUAUACUGUAACUAUUAUAUCCUCUCUGUAUAUAGAGAGAAAGACCAUAUUAGCAUGUUGAAGGCUCUGAGAACUUAUUCGUACAGAGAAUUGUUAAGCCUCUUUUAAUGCAGUGUUUCCUAAAUGGAUUUGACCUCUGUCCUUUCUAUUUCACAUCCCACAGAACUGGUGACUCCAUGAAACACACUGGUGAACACUGGGUUAGAGAGUAAUGAGGAAACAGGAAAGAGAUAGUGAUCAGGCACCAGAGUCCCCUUUUUUUAUUCAAAUGAAAGCUGAGGGGCAGACCUCAUUCCUGUGUGGGUCCAUCACCCUUUCCCUGAUCAUCCAAAUAUACAUCCACACUUCUUACCCCCACCUGCUGAAAAAUAGAAACAAGAACAUUUUCACCCUCUUAUUCCAACUCCCUUCAUCCUCCUCAUACACAUAUUCAGAUGAGAGAUCAUGCUACAAUGCUAAGAGAUGGACUUAUACCCCCCCAAGGAACCCAGGCCCACAUAGAAGAAAAAAAUAUUUAUCCCCUUGAACAGACCCCUCUCCUCUUGACUGUGUCUUUUUGUGUCUAUGUGUAUCUGUGUGCAGGGUCUUUGAAGAGAGCAUGCAAAGUGCAAACUGUACAAACUAGAUUUUCUAGGGGCUGUUUUCUGGGGAUGAGGGUAGUAGGGAUUGUAUGGGAUUUUUUGUUUGUUUCAAGAUAGGAAGUAAGCUGAGCGAUUAAGGGAGCCCUCAUGGAAGGGGUUAAGUGAUGGGUUAAGCUGUGAGAGUUGAGGUGUAAAGCCUUCCCUGGUAUUACUGAGAUCAAGACAACUGUGGAUAUAUAUGUCUAUGUCUAAAUCUCUGGGCCACAGAUUCUUUUUGCCUGGGAGAAGAGAGAGACACAUCCUCAGUGAGGUGAGCUGUUUCUUGUUGAUUUCAAGUAAGGUGCAUAUAGAAGCUUUAUGCUGAGUGGGUUUCUUUGUCUUGUUUUAGUGCUGGGAAAUUAGGACAGGAAUCACAGUGCUUGCAGGUUGUUGUCAUCUCUCUUAUUUGACCUUGAUUGCCUCAUCAAGGAGACAGUUUUUCUUGAGGAUCUCAUUCUCCCAGAAACAGAACCUUAGGGGAAAUGGCUAUGGUUUAGCUUUUCAGCUGAUGGGGGGCGGGGGGGUGUGCAUUGGGUUUACUUCCCAAUUCUGGGAAGGUAGCCACACUUAAGACUCUUAACUCCAGGACUUGCAUAAGUAUUCUAGCAUCUGUUGGUUGAUGAGUUGGUCAUUGUUUUGCUUUAUUGAUAACGUGUUAAUACCAAUCUUAUAAUUUAAAAAUUAUCUUGUAUGUAAGAGCAGUUUGGGGUUAGGAAGAGAGAGGAGCAAAGCAGAUGAAAGUGGAAUAAUUUCUCUUUAAUGCUUAGAUUCUGGUUUUUCCUUAACACACUUAUUUCUCAACCACAAUUGGUGGAAUUAACCAGAGAGGCAAGAGGAAGUAAGCUGCAACAAUCUAGUUUAGUGAUUGUCCCAUUUGCUUAGGAAAAACUGGGUGAAUCACAGCUCCUUAGAAUUCUGGACCCAAAUGGAGCUGAAAAUAGGGUCAUUUCGUUGACUGGGCUUCUUAGAGUGGAUAUGACUUGAGCAACCCAGCCCCCAACUCCGUUCUGCCACUCAGAGCAGCCUUCCUUCUUUGCCUGGAAUGCACUUCUCUUGCUUACGUUCCUACAAAUAGAGCAAAAUGGCCAGCCCUUUGUAAGGUCCUCAGAGCCAGGAGCAUUUUAGGAUUAGAGAUACCCCAGGGUAUAAGAGAGUAUUGGAUUCCAGUGGUAAAACCGGACUGUGCCAUUUCUUUUACCCUCUCACUAUGCCUCAUUCAUUAAUGCAGAUCAGCUCUAUGUAAGCAAUGGUUCAGAACCUGUUUUAGAUCACAGACCCUUAUGAGACUCUGAUAAAAACCAGAAACACCCUUUUGAGAAAAACAGACAUUAGCAGUUCACUCUGUUUUAUAUACACAUUUAGCAGGUUCAGAGCCCAUCCAUGGAAUAACUAAACUCGGGUCAUUGGGAGUUACCCUGACCCAAUAUGAUCAUUUAUAUAUUUGUGUCAAAAGUUACAAGGCAAGGAUCACUAAAUAUUUUAAGAACUAAGAUACCAGAGGCCGUAGGGUAUAAAGACAGAGUCUAGUCUUUAAUGACUAGAAGAGUAUUGCUGAUAUUCUACUCUAUGUUUUUUUUUUUUUUAAAGAUGACAAGCUGACAAAUGGAGCUCCUCACAAACCUUAUUUUAAAGACUUGUGGGAGGUGACUCUCUGUACUAUCAGAUCACGCAUCUUAAUAACCAAAUGUUAACCUCCAGCAGUUGAUCUGUUUUAGUAAUUGUAAGGAUAGCAAGUAAAGCCCCCAAAGUGUGGGUGCAGUCAUAGCACCCAAAUGAAAGGCAUGAUGGAGUCUAAGAGCUUUCUGCAGAAAGGACAUCCCUUUAGGUCAUUUCUGGUAUACCACUGUCUUCUCUACCUCGGUCCAAUACCACUUCCCUUGGACGAAAAAAUAAAAUAAGCAGCAGCCAUCAGAUGGGUGAAUAGAUUUGAAUGAUUUUUCCCACAGGGAAUCUCCCAUCUUUCUCCUAACUGGCUUUGCCACAUGUCCACCCUACCCCCUUUAAAUAAAAAAAAAACCUGUCUCUGUGUUCUCUCUGGGCAAGUGUAAAAUGGGGACGUCCAUCUUCAGGAACCUGUCACCUUUUCCUUCUGCGGUGCCUCUACCCUGUUCAGGGCCCAAAUACCUCCCCUUUGUCCCCCCAUCAAAGUAUGUCUGCAAAGAAUCCCUUCAAAGUGUUAGCUUUUCCCAGAGUUAUUUACAUUUUUUUUUUUAUUAUGUUAGUCACCAGAGUUAUUUGCAUUUUAAGCCUUAACACUGAUGUAGAAGUGGAAGGCAAAAGUUUUCCCUUGUCAAAGUGAUGUUGUGCCUUCAGGGAGCUAAAGGUGUGAUAAUUUGUGACAAAAUCCUCUCCUUUCCUGCACUCCUGCACUCAAACUACUGUUUCCUUAUUUCCAUCAAGGGCAAGGUGAGUCCUGACUCAGAACCAGAGAUGCCAGGAGACAUGUUCUUUCCAUCUCUGUUCAGAUGAGUGCACUGGAUGGGGAUGAGUGGGGCUGGACAGUAACAGAAGGUGAAGUCUAUUCCCUUAGACCCCUUAGAAAUCCUGAGCUGGCAAAAUUUCCUUCUAUUCCUGGGAGUGCUCUAUUAGGUCUUGGGUCUCAAAAUGUGGUCUCUGAACCAGCAACAUCAACAUUACCUGGAAACUUGUUUUAGGAAUGCAUAUUCUCAGGCUCCACCCCAGACAAACUGAAUCAGAAACUCUGAGAGUGGAGUCCAGCAAUCAGUCUUCACUUGCCUUCCAGAAUAUCUGAUGUAUGCUAAAGUUUGAGAAUUACUGGCCAAGAGAUUCAAAUUCCACUUCAAUCAGUGGUACCUCACCCUCUUCAAACAGGGAGAAAGGGGAAUCUUGUCAAAUUUAUUUUCUGCAACCCCUCAAGGCUAGUUUGUCCUCAGUUCUGGUUUCUUUGAGUCCCCACCCUUAAAUCAGUGACAGGACUGGGUUAGUCAACAAUUUUAGAAACUGUGGUGGGGCCACUACCAAACUGUUGUGACUGAUUGGGGCUAGAGCUUCUACAAUGGACACUGAGGAUUCAUGGGUCCAGAAAUCUGAAAGGACAAAAAGGAGCAGGCACCUCAAAGAGGGGAAAUCCAAUGUAAAACUGAAAAACCAACAUCCAAGGAAAUAGUCUUCCUUUGCUAGUUACCUGGUCCUUCUCCUGGCCUAAUAAGUUGGCCUGGAGGCAUUCAAGGUGAACAUUUAGCUCAGGAUAGAGAGUAAGGCCAGCUCUCACAAACCCUUAAAGAACCAAGUUUUCCAACCUCACAAUUGCAUUGGAGAUCAAUGAGGUACCAUGCAAGGGAUUCCUAACCAUGAUUUGGCCUACCCUAUGGGCAAGGGCAACAGAAGCAUUGGAGAGCCCCCAGGACACAAGAAAGAACCAAGCUCAUUUAGUAAUAUGUGACACAGCGAGAUUUGAACCCAGACUCUGUUUAUCAGGUAGAGUUGUAAUCGAUUAAGCCAUGGCAUCUAUGUCAAAAAUACAUUUCCUGCUUUGAAGAUUCUGUCCAGUUCAGACUGCAGGAAGGGACCUGUCUGGCAGGCCCUGGUCCCAUUACCCCCUCUAGCUCCUCUCCUAACCAAACCCACGAGGACAGACUGAACUGACCGUUGCAAACCCACCACCCCUGUGGGGCUCUCCCAAGAUCAAAAGGCUGGAGUUUGGGGGGAGGUGAUCAGCCCCUCUCCCCAAGAUGGAGAAACUUGGCCAUAGUUUUCUUCAACUCCAGGCCUCAGGGAGGAGUCCCUGCCUCCAUUUUCCCAAUAAUGGAGCUCCUUGUCCACUCUUCACUCCCACUUCUCUUUUUCUGUUAGUUUGGUUUGGUUUGUUUUUUUGUUUUACCUGGGGAAUGCCUCACCUUCCCAAGGGUAUUUGUUCUUCUACUCCCUAUCCUUCUCUUUCCAUCAUAGUUAAUUCUCUUCAAGCUUCUAGCCAAUUCUGUUCCAUUAAGAGCCCCCUGUCCCUCUGCCUGUUGUCCAGUUUGUCAGCUUUAAGCCUACAAAGCAGGGUCUAUUACUCAUACUUCCCACUUUCUUCCCUCAAAUCCUUGGCUUGGCUCUAGCAACUCAGCUGCUAUCUUACCACUCUGCAUCUCUUCCUGUCUCUCUCAACCUUCCUCACACACCCUAACCUGGCCAACGGGUUGUCUAUACUGCCAAGUCCAGGCCCUGCACUCCAUUCCCUGCAGGCUUUUUCCCUUGAUGUAGCUUCCAAAGUGGAUUUCUACUUUUUGCUACUUUGAUUUGCUUAGUCCCUUCCUGUCUCUUGUGGUUUCUGAGAAUCAGUCUCAAUUCUAAAGCCAUUUUUGGCCAGCUCACUAUGUGCCAGGCACUGGCUGUUCCAGGCCUGGGAGGUCAAGUGUUAACACAGUCCCUGUACUCAGCAUGUUCCUCAGCUGAGCCCUUCCCUGGCACCACUUUCCUGCCAUGCCUCACAAUACUGCCACCACGGCACCUCAUUCAGGAAGCUUUGGAGGUGUAUGCCCACUUGCCAUCCAGCCCAACUGCUCUGUGCCUGCCAGAUUUCUAGCUGUUGUCUGACUUGGUUCCCUCUGAUGGACUGUGAAUUUCCCAUGGGUUACCCACUGGGGAACUUUGUCUGUAUCCUGAGGGUCUCUAAUAUGUUCCUGUGGUCCCUGUCAGUUGAAUAAAGGUCGUAUUGACUGUA